GAUCACAGCUAAAUCAUUUCAAGGUGUUUUGAGAGAAAAGUUGUACAAUGUCUGACUUUUAUAAAUGUGUCUAAUAUAAGAACUUGGGCUCACCGGUGUGGAUCUACAUCCGCUCAUGAGUGUGGACGAGAAUGCAGGAAAGUGAAAGUAUGGAUGUGAAGGGCAUGGAGUACGACUGCAGGAAGGUUGCAUCAAUACCAGUGAGUGAUUUGAGGAUUGUUCUACUGGGGACGAAUGCUUCAGAAAACAGUCGAGUGGGAAACGUCCUGUUAGGAAGAGCAGCGUUUGAGACUGAAGAACCUCCAGAUGUUGUAGAAAGAGUUGGAGGAAAGGUGAAGGACAAACACAUGAUGGUCAUCAACACUCCAAAUAUCUCACAACAUGAGAUGACACAGAGAGUGAGAGAGUGUGUGUCUCUGUCUGCUCCAGGACCUCAUGUGAUCCUUCUGGUACUGAAACAUGAUCAGUGUUCAGGAGAAGAGAAAGAACAUGUGGAGAUGCUGCUCAACUCUUUCUCUCACACUGUUUAUCAACACACAAUGGUGUUCACCACACAAGAGUCACACACUCAAGUCAAUGACAUUGUACAGGCAAUCAUUCACAAAUGCAACAACAGACACUUCAGACUGGAGAGAAACAGCACUGCUGCUCAACUCAUAGAGAAAUGUGAAGAAAUUGUGCACAGCAAUGAAGGACAAUAUUUGAUUUGCAAAGAAAAGGGGCAUGAAGGUUCAAGAGACGACACAAAUGAUGUGAGGAUUGUGCUGCUCGGCAAGACUGGAGUUGGGAAGAGUGCAACAGGAAACACCAUCUUAGGAAGAGAAGCGUUUACAGCAGACUUAUCCCAAGACUCCAUCACUAAAGAUUGUCAGAGAGAAACAGCUGAACUCAACGGCAGACACAUCGCUGUGAUUGACACUCCAGGACUGUUUGAUACUGAACUUUCUAAUGAAGACAUCCAGAGAGAAAUCACUAACUGCAUCUCAAUGAUACUGCCAGGACCUCAUGUGUUCAUUAUUGUGUUGAAUUUAGGACAGCGUUUCACUCAAGAGGAGGCGAACUCAGUGAAGAUCAUUCAAGAGAUGUUUGGUAAAAACUCUUUAAUGUACACCAUGAUACUCUUCACCAGAGGAGAUUAUCUGAAGAAUAAAAACAUUGGAGAGUGUUUGGGAAAACCAGGAUCUCCUUUGAUGAAGCUGAUUGAAGAGUGUGGAAACAGAUUCCAUGUGUUCAAUAAUAAUGAGACUUCAGACCGCACACAGGUUUCUGAUCUACUGGAGAAAAUAGACACCAUGGUGAAAGCAAACGGAGACAGUUACUACUCAUGUAAGAUGUUCAGAGACAUGGAGAGAGAGCAACACAGAAAACAAAUCGAGCAACUGAAAAGAGAGAAAGAAGAACUCAUGACCAAACAUGAGGAAGAGAAAAAGAGAAUGAAGAUGAUGAUGGAGGAAGAAAUACAGAAUUACAGCAAAGAGAUGAAGAUAAGAGAAGAGCAAAUUAAAGAGCGAGAAGAACAAUUAAAAAGAGAAAUAGUAGAAAAAGAAGAGCAUGAGAGAAACAUGCGAGACAAGAUGAAACUAGAACGAGAGGAUUGGGAGAAUCAAAAACAAGAAGAAAGACUGAGAAGAGAAGAUGAAGAUGAAAAAAGGAGAAAGAGAGAACAGGGAUUGUGGGAUGAAUGUAGUCAGAGAAUUAAACAACAGGGAGAAGAAAUGCAGAAAGAAAAAGAGAAAAUAGAAAGAGAAAAAAAAGAUCUUCAGUCCAAUCAUGAAUCAGAGAAAGAGAGAAUGAAGAAGAUGAUGGAAGUAGAAAGACAGAAUCAUGAAACAGAAAAAAAGAAAAUUGAAGAGCGAUUUAUAGAGAGAGAAGUCCAAUAUAGAACAGAAAUGAAAGAGAAAGAUGAACAAGAGAAAAAAAUGCGAGACGAGAUGAAACUAGAAAAAGAGACACUUAAAAACGAAAUGGAGGAAAUUAAGCAACAAAAGGAGGUAAUAAAAAAAGAAAAAGAAGAUCUUCAGAACAAGUAUGACACAGACAUCAACAGAAUAAAAAGUAUUUUAGAAAAUGAAAGAGAGAAUCUUCAGGAGAGAAAGAGGAGAGAAGAACAAUAUAAAACGGAAAUAAAAGAGUUGGAAGACAAGAUGAGAAGAGAACGAGAGGAAUGGGAGAAACAAAAACAAGAGGAAAGACUGAGAAGGGAAGAGAAUGAGAAAAUGAGGGAGAAAGAACGAGACAUUUUGGAUAAAUGUAAUCAGAGAAUUACACGAGAGAGAGAUGAAAUACAGAAGGAAAAAGACAUAAUCAAGAAAGACAAAGAGAAAAUAGAAAAAGACAAAGAAGAUCUUCAGGUCAAACAUGGAGCUGAAAUUGACAGAUUUAUAAAGAGAUUUGAAGAAGACCGACAGAAACAAGACCAACAGAAGAUGAAAAGAGAAGAGGAGUUUAUAGAGGGAGAAGAAAGAUAUAAAAGAGAAAUAAAAGAGAAAGAGGAGCGUGAGAGAGAGAUGAGAGACGAGAUGAAAAGAGAUCGAGAGACACUUAAACAUGAAAUGGAGGAAAUGAGGAAAGAAAAGGAGAAAGUAAAAACAGAAAAAGAAAAUCUUCAGACCAAAUGUGACACACAAACAGACAAACUCAUGAACAGAAUAGAGAGUGAAAGACAGAAUCAUGAGAAAGAGAUGAAGAGAAGAGAAGAAGAAUUCAGUGAGAGAGAAGAACGAUUCAAAACACAUAUGAAAGAAAAAGAAGAGUUUGAAAAAAAGAUGAAAGAUGAGAUGAAAAGAGAACGAGAGGAAUGGGAAAAACAGAAACAAGAGGAAAAACGGACAAAAGAUGAGAAUGAGAAAGCGAGGAAGAAAGAACGAGAAAUUUGGGAAGAAUGUAAUCAGAGAAUUAAACAAGAGAGAGAUAAAUUGCAAAGGGAAAAAGAGCUAAUAGAAAGAGAGAAAGAAGAUGUUCAGGUCAACCAUAAAGCAGAAAUAGACAGAUUAACGAAGAAAUUUGAGAAACAGAGACUAGAGGAACGACUGAGAAGGGAAGAAGCGGUGAAACCAAAAGCAGCUGGAGACUCACACACUGACGUGAACAGAUCUGUUCCUGACAGAUGGGAAGAUCAGAGAGUGAUGACCAUGAGAUCAACCCAAAGAUAUUCCACUGGAGAGACACACACAUCACAGUCAUCCACUGAAGAGAAUCUUUUCCAGCAUGCCCGACAGAUCACAACACUGAGAGACUCAUCAGACAAUCAAAUAGGAUUCUGUGGGUUGAUGAAUCAAGGGGCGACCAGCUACAUGAAUACAGUUCUUCAAUCUCUCUACAUGACGAAAGAAUACAGGGAACAUGUUGAGAGAAUGGAGAGAGCUCAUGAUUCCUCUGAUCAGAACUUCAUUAAAGAACUGAAGAAAUUAUUCAAUCAAUUAGACAAUCAGCAAAAUCCCGUCUCAACAACUGGGAUCAUGAAGAGUCUUGGCAUUACACAUGUGCAUGAAGAACAAGAUGCAGCAGAAUAUCUUUAUCGGAUCCUGAGCAAGACUCCUGAAUGCUCUCAGAUGUUUAAGUGCACUAUGAAGACAGCAUGUAUAUCGUGCAAUAAAGAAUCAGAAGUCUUGAAGGAUUUCUGGUCUAUCAGCAUCUCUUUUAAAGACAAACAGGAUGUGGAGGAUGCUUUAGAGACUGAAUUGAGUGCAGUGGAUUACUGUGAUCGCUGUAAGAAAUACACAGACAUGAUGAUGAACUUCCCAAAAAUACUGGUUGUACAGUUGAGAAGAUUUGAAAGUACAUACAGCAGAUUUUUUUCCAGUCACAGAAGAAAUGAAUCAGAAGUGAUCAUUCGUCCACAUAUUAAGGUUUCUUCUGUCGAGUAUGAACUCUAUGCCAUAAUAAACCACAAUGACACACGUCAUGGUGGACACUAUAAUGCAGAUAUCAAAAGUGACAAUCAAUGGUUUCGAUUCGAUGACAGUCGUGUAUCUCAGAGUCGUAUUUUUAGAAAGGAGAAGUCCAUAUACAGCUCUUCAAGUGCCUAUCUACUCAUGUACAAACGCAGUGGAUCGAAUAGUGUGAACAGGCUUUAAAUCGUUUCCCAGUUCAUACUCCUCAACACUCUUCUGUCUGAUGUGUUUGUGCAGCUCAGUUGAUCUUGGCAUGAUGGGACCGUGAACUUCAGACCAUUGAGCUGCUGUGAAAAUGGGGCUUUUGAUGUUGAUGAAUGUAUAGAUUUGUGUUUUCACAGAAUAUCUUUACAUUUCAUUUAAGGUGAAUAAAUUGAUACAGAAUGUAACUUUCAAAUGUAAUAUUAAAUUAUAAGCGUUUAACAAUAUUGUAAAUUACAGUCAGAAUUGAUAGCUCUCCAAACACUGAACUCAAGAACCAUUUGUGUCAGUAUGUGUUUAUGGCAUAUUGGAUUAUUCACAUUUUUUAAAGUAGCUCUUAGAUUUGACUUUUCUCAAUAAAUAUCGCUUAAAUUGUGUGUUAACACUUUACAUUCAUUCCAUGCAUUAAUAUGUUUCCAUGAUCGAACAAUUACAUACAUGUUGUACAGUAUUAAUGAAUCUUAUAAUAGAAUUGUUGAAAUUAACAUUAAGAUGAAUAAAUGCUGUAAAAGUAUUGAUCAUUAUUAAUUCAUGUUAACAAAUAAUGAUAUUGAGAUGCCCAAGAUGAAUAAUAAAUCCAACAUCAUCCAAUCACUG